CACGCGCCGCUACUCCCCCGCACAACAUCAACCAGAAACGUCUCCUCGUCACCACUCGCCACAAGUCCACCGCAGCACGGCGCCCUCUCCUCUCCUCUCCUCCGUCUCCCGCCUGCCGCGAAACCAAACCUCGAAAAUAAAACCAACAGUUUCCCUCGCGGCCGCGCGCGGAGACGAGUAGACGACAGCGAAUCGCUGCCGGUUUGGGGCGCGCGCGGAUCGCGGCGGAGGGAGGCAAGCCUUUCGGUUUGGUCCGCCACCACCACCACGGCCACCGCGCCUCCGCCUCAGCGUCCGCGAUUUUUUUUUUUAUCUUUUGGUUUUGGAUUUCCCCUUGUCAAAACUGGCAGGAUUCUUCUGCCUGCCCGAGCCUGACUACUGUUGGGUUCGUGCUCGCUGCUCCCCCACGUUUUGUUUUACUAGUCGCCGCCGCACCGAAUAUUUUUCCCACCUCGCUCGCCACGCCGCCGACACCCGCCGUCCGCUUCCGCGGCUGCCCCGCGCGCCGGUGCUGUGUCGCCGGGCUGCGGCGGAGGAGUGCCGACCUUUUCCUCCGGGGUGAAUGAGAGAGAUGUGAUCGUGGCGAAUCCCGAGCUCUGCCGCUGGGCUGGGAGGCGGGGAAGGGAGGACAGGAGAUGGGGCGGCGUGGAGGAGGAGGACGAGCGGGAGGCGCGUGGAUUGGUGGCUGUGUACUUGCGCUCGCCGCCACCUUGGUCGUCUGCGUGCUCGUGAUCCGUGGAGCUGGAGGUUUGAAGCAAUAUCAUGCUCCUGCCUUCGCUCGAAAAAUUCUUCUUUCCAUAACAAGCGGACAUCCACAAGAUAACUUGAAUAUUGUACUUCAUCCGUCACAGUUACAAACCCCAAGACUCCAAAGCUUAGGACUAAAUGUAAAACCACCUGCAGCAACUAGCAGACGUGUUAACGUACAGCAGGAACUAUAUGCACCAAGCCCAACGAUCAGCCACAGAGGUCUUGCUAUUCCUCCACUUCCAACAACUUCACCCCCAGUUUUCCCACCUCCCAUCAGAUCUUAUCCUCCACUUCCUGCAAAUAAGCCAUACCCCAAUAGACCAGCAGUGUCUCCAGCAUCAAUAAUCCAUCCCACCAACCAUGGGAAGGCCCAUGGAGUUCCAAUUGCAGCACAUUCAAAAGAAAGGCAUCAUCAUUCCAUGCUUGUAAAUAAUACACAUGGAAAUACCCAUGCAGGUCCAGUUGUGGCACCUCCAAAGGGAAGGCAUCACCAUUCUUUGCCUGUAAAUAAUACCCGUGUAAAAGGACCUGCCUAUUCUCCUUCAAAUUCUCCCAGUAUCCAUAGAAAACAUGGCAUUCCAGUUGCUGCACCUCCAAAGCAACAUUCCAGCAAUUUACCACCUUCACAUCAUAGGCCCCACAAAGGAUCCUUUCCUGUCAUAAGCCCUACUCCACAUAAAGCUGAUAAUGCUUCUGCGACGAAACAUGGACGUUCUGGCUUACACCAUAGUCCUGCACCUGCACCUGUAGGCUUGCCUCCAUCUGAAGGAAAUGCACGAGGAAAUCCUGCGUAUGCACCACGUCAUCCCCAUGAAUAUCACUCGCCUUCAAAUUCUCCAGAACCUGGUCUACCACCUGUGAAUCCGCCCGACAGUCAUGCAUUUAAAAAGCCCAAGAGUUUGGCACCAGCACCCCAAUCAUUUCCGCCACCGCCUCCGAGUUCAUAUUGCAUGGCGUUAAAUUGUCAAGAUCCUCUGACCAAUAGUCUCCCUGGAACUACAUGUCUUUGUGUGUGGCCAAUAAAAGUUGAGCUUCGUUUAGGUAUAGCUUUGUACACAUUCUUUGCAUUGGUAUCAGAACUUGCACAAGAUAUUGCAUCUGGAGUGCUCAUGAAACAAAGUCAAGUUCGUGUAAUGGGAGCAAAUGCUGCAACUGAGGACCCAGAGAAAACAGUUGUCCUUAUUGAUCUUGUGCCACUGGGAGAAAAAUUUGACAAGGCAACAGCACUUUUAGUAUUUGAAAGGUUUUGGCACAAGCAGGUCAACAUAAACUCUAUGCAUUUUGGAAACUAUGAUGUGUUAUAUGUUACCUACCAAGGUCUUCCUCCGUCGCCACCAACAGCUCCCAGGAUGAACAAUGGUCUUAGCAAUGUUAAUGAUCCAAGGUUGCAUCCACUUGCUGUUGAUGUGGGAAACCACAGAGAAACAAAAAGCAGGGGCAUAAUUGUUAUAAUUGUUCUUUCAAGUGUCUUUGCUUUUAUUUUAUGUUCUGGAGCUGCGUUGGUAAUUUGUUUCAAGAUUAGAAACCGCAACCAUUUAACUGAAGAGUCACCUAUGCCACCGAAGCCUGCAGGUCCUGGGUCUGCAGUUGUUGGGAGCAGGCUAGGAAGCAGACCUAUUUCAGCAUCUCCAUCUUUCAGCUCAAGCAUAGUGACAUAUAAAGGGACAGCGAAAACAUUUAGCUUGAUUGAGAUGGAAAGAGCUACACAAAGAUUUGACAACUCCAGAAUUAUUGGCGAGGGUGGUUUUGGACGUGUUUAUGAAGGUAUUCUUGAGGAUGGAGAACGGGUUGCUGUCAAAAUUCUUAAGAGGGACGACCAGCAAGUUACACGGGAAUUUUUAGCUGAGCUUGAGAUGCUUAGCCGAUUGCAUCACAGAAACCUGGUUAAGUUGAUAGGUAUAUGCACAGAAGAACAUAUCCGGUGUCUUGUGUAUGAGCUUGUUCCAAAUGGUAGUGUGGAAUCUCACUUGCACGCAGGAUCAGAUAAGGGAACUGCUCCACUUGAUUGGGAUGCUAGGCUUAAAAUUGCACUUGGUGCUGCACGUGCUCUUGCUUAUUUGCAUGAAGAUUCUAGUCCCCGUGUCAUACACCGUGACUUCAAGUCAAGUAACAUCUUAUUGGAACAUGACUUCACCCCCAAGGUGUCAGACUUUGGCCUAGCAAGAACAGCCAUAGGUGAGGGGAAUGAGCAUAUUUCAACUCGUGUUAUGGGAACUUUCGGGUAUGUUGCUCCUGAAUACGCAAUGACUGGGCAUCUUCUAGUAAAGAGUGAUGUCUACAGCUAUGGUGUCGUCCUCCUUGAGCUUCUUACCGGAAGGAAACCGGUGGAUAUUUUGAGACCUCCAGGGCAAGAAAAUUUAGUUGCAUGGGCUUGUCCUUUUCUUACUAGCAGAGAUGGCUUGGAAACAAUAAUUGAUCCAUCACUUGGAAAUAGCAUCCUAUUCGAUAGCAUUGCAAAAGUAGCAGCUAUUGCUUCUAUGUGCGUGCAGCCUGAGGUGGAUCAGCGCCCAUUUAUGGGUGAAGUUGUUCAAGCUUUGAAGUUGGUAUGCGAUGAAGGCAGCGAGUUCAAUGAAUCAGGAAGUUUCAGCCAAGAUUUACAUAUUCAGGAUUCUGGGAUUAUAAGUAGAGCAAGCCUGGAUGUGGACGUAGAACCUGUUGUAUCUGCUGAGCUGUUCAAUGCAUCAGCACAUUAUGACACUCUUGAUGCAUCUGGUUCUUUUCGACGAUAUUCAAGUUCAGGUCCUCUUAGGGUAGGUAGAACCGGGCACAAUAGGGAGAGGGGUUUAUCAACUGGUAGCUCAAGCGAGCACUGUGGUACACAAAGAUUCAGGAUAGAUUCAGAGUAGUCAGCUUGCAGGCUUCUUUUGACGAUGUGGGGCUGUGUUCAUUGGCUUCUUUUCGCAAGCCACAUUUCAUAUUCAUUGUGAAUAUCUGUGAAGAGCACUGAGCAAUAUCACCAGCUUCUGCCGGGACAAGGACCAGUUUUCGAAGAGCACUGAGCAAGACUGCAAGAGUACCAACAUCUCGUCCCGUCCCGUCUCUGUUUAUACAGUUCUAGAGAUCUAUAAAGCCGGUUCCUUUUUUUUAGUGGAAAGUAAAGCCGGUUCAUCAACUGCGGUUCAUCAACUGUAAAUGUUCAUGUACCUUCCCAAGUGUAGCCAUUCCUUUCGCAUGGAAGGUAAGUGAAAUAUCAGAUGAAAUGAAGGGUAUUUUUGCCUGUCAUCCUUUCAUCCGGUUCAAUGAAAUGGAGUCUUGCAUGAUUUACUGCA